AGCGACCAUUCAGAUCACUCGACCUCCUUUGGCGCCGGCGCUGAAUGGUGGGCUCGCCAGCAAGAUAAAAAGUCCCACUCACCUGUCCUGCUCGCACACGUGCCAGGUAGAUGAACUAAGUGGUUAUUGAGUGCUGUCUGGUGAACACAACAACAAGUAGCGACUCCAACAUCUAAAAAUAAUUGAUUCGUAAUAUUGUGACCAGUAACGGUGAGUAAACAACAAGGAUAUAACUUCUGACGUCAUGAGAGUACUGAUAUUCACUGCCGCUGUCUUCGCUCAGCUCCACGUGACGUCAUGUCAAAGUGCAGUCAACGUCACGAGGGUCCACGAGCACGUGUACAACGUCAUCACCCCGUACACAAGACCCGUCAAAAAUUACUCCACCAUCACGAACGUUCGGGUGCUUUUCCACCUGAUGGCCAUCAACGACUUCGACACGGCCUCGCAGAAGCUGACUAGCACCGGGUGGAUGCAGGUGCAGUGGCAGAACGAGUACCUGGCGUGGGACCCGGCAGCCUUUGGCGGAGUCAUUAACAUCUUCCCUGAUCCUACUCAGGUGUGGCGGCCUCGUCUGACUCUACGGAACACCAUGAAGGACCUGAAGGCCAUCGGCGAGGAGUACAUCGUCAUCAUGGCGAGGUACGAUGGGUUCAUGGAAUGGUACCCGGCGGAGCAGUUCGAAACCUUCUGUUACGUGGACGUCACGUACUUUCCUUUUGACAUACAAACGUGCACCUGGCAGUUGUUCAUCUGGGCAGAAGACAUGGGUCAAUUGACCUCCUGCAGCUGUGGCCUACCAUUGACCUCAGCUUCUACUCUGGAAAUGGUGAGGGAGAUGAUCUCAACUCAAGCGACAAAGAGGAACUGGACCCUCGACGGCGCCCUCUACCCUGAGCUCGUGUACAAGAUGACACUGAAGAGGCGACCGUCACUUCUGGUGCUGACUGUCCUCAUGCCAGUCCUGCUUCUGGCUUUCAUCAAUGUCUUCGUCUUCAGUAUUCCUUCUGAGUCAGGAGAGCGGCUGUCGUACGCCAUCACAACGCUGCUGUCCUUCGGGGUCUUCAUGAGCUUCAUCCUGUCGUCGAUGCCAUCGUCAGCGGAGACCGUCUCAAUCAUGGUCAUCGACAUGAGCGCCCUGCUCAUCCUCUCUGCCGUCUACGUCCUCCUCUGCAUCUUCACCCUCCGCCUGUUCCACCGCGACGACGACAAGCACCCGGUGCCCAAGGCGGUGCAGACCUUCAUCGUGUCGCUGGAGGUCCUCCUGUGCCUGGAGCCGCCCAACACCAAAGUCGAUCCUGUCAUCCAGGUGAUGCCCGUGUCCGACCAGGACCACCAGAGGCCACGAAUCUGUGACACCAUCAAGAAGAAGCAGUUGUCCCGGAAGCUGGCCAUCACCAACCCCAACGAGAUGACGUGGCGCCGGGUGAGCCGGACACUGGACAAGUUCUUCUUCCGUCUUUCCUUACUGAUCGUCCUCGGGUCCACCUUCGUUGUGUUCGUCUUGAUCAGCAAGAGCUAGGCACCGGAUGUUCACCUUGUCAAAUCCUUGCCUGACUGAUCAAAGCACGUGUAGCAUGAAGCUUGAAAAAUAACUUUCUUGGACCUGCAAGGUUUAGUGUCUAGUACAGUCAUAGCUUAUAGUCUUAUUAUCUUUACAUACAUCGAUUGGACCUUUUUGCGAACAUGACUAUUUGGUGUUAGUCAUGUUGUCUAUACCAGUAGACUAUAUAUUAGCUAUUUACAGUUCAUGUGUGUUCUCCUCAUCAGUUAGUAGAAUACUUUUUCCUGAAUCAUAAACACUUGCACAGGAAGGUACAAAAAUCAAGAAAUGGAAAAACGUUUUAAAUGCAGUGAAUAUAUGUGACAAUGUUUGCUUUUGAUGAUUAUUGUUGUUGUUGUUGUUAUUAUUAUUAGUAUUAGUAGUAGUAUCAUCAUUAUUGUUGUUGAUAAUGUUAUUAUUGUGUCAGUAAAUUAAGUUUCGUACAUUUCGUGAGUUUUUACGAAGAAUCGCUGUUCAAUAAUUGUGAUCACGGGUCAUCCUUACGAUGUGCAAUAAUAGACAAAAGAUAUUCACUCUUCACACUAGUUUGAUGGUGGUACUGAGCUGUAGUGACUGCAACUAUGCUGAUGGCAUUCAUCUUCUCACAAUAAUAACACAACUCUUUCUUUUGAGAUGAUGAUGAUUAUUUUCUGCGUUUUUAUAUUUUUGUCAACAUAUUUUAGCUAAGCUUUGUUGGUGGGGUAAAGUACUAUAUAAGUUAACUUUAUUAUUAUUUAUUAUUAUUAGGUUUUCUUGACUAGAUAUUUCUGAUG